UGGGCCUGGUUGUUUUUAGGGCUUGAAUAUAAAAUCCCCAACCACUCCUAACCUCAUUGGAGGUGAGUGACAAUGGCGCAAUCAUCUUCCAGUGCAGAGAGGGCAAAAACAUCGAUCCAAGAUGACGACGACGCCGCCGCAAUUGAAGCCUACAAGACUUACGUACGGGUGAUGUCUUGCAUUCCCCCAACCCACUUCAAAGAGAUGGAAAAAACCGAACCAGAGAGUAUGCGUAAACUUAAGUUGAGCCUCGAAUCCAGGGACCAACUGAAAGAGAUACAUGCUGACAUUGUCAAGGAGGAAGCCCUCUUUGUUGAGGAGAGAAAGAGAUGGCUGGCGGAUAACCGGGAUCUCUAUACUGACAUGAAUCAGUUUUUUGUCAAAAGAUGUCAAUGGGAAACUGAUUUUAAGGAAAUCCACUUAAAGCCUCUUUAUGAAAAGAGAUGUAUUGCUGCUAAAGCAGUCCCUGCCUUUUGGCUUACUGCAAUGAUUGCUAACAAGACACUUUAUAAGCAGAUUGCAGAGAGAGAUACAAAGGCUUUGUACUUUCUGAAUGAUAUCAAGUCUAGUAGGACAACUGAUUUGAAAGGAUUUGAGCUGAAGUUCACCUUUGACGAUCAUAAUCCUUAUUUUAAGAAUAAGGUCUUGACUAAAAAGUAUGAGGUGAUUGAUGACAACGAGUCUGUUUCGUUGAAGGCAAUUGGGACUAAAAUAGACUGGUAUCCUUCUCAAAAAUUAACGCAGCAGAGUGGUAAAAGCAGUGAAAGUUUCUUUAAGUUCUUUAGUUCAUAUGCUACUGUCGAUCCUCUUUCUUUUGACAAAGAAGCUGAUGAACUCAAAGGCGACCUUCCGACGGAUUAUUUAAUUGGUACCAAGUUUCGAGAUAAGAUCAUUCCGCAUGCUAUAUCCUGGCAUAGAUUUUCAGAAGACGAUGAUAGUGAUUUUGGAGAUGACAGUGAUGAAGAAUGUGAGCGUUGCUCAAGGUGGUAGAUAAGAAAAAGUCGUAGAGGCUUCUGGAGAGUCCUUGAUUUUUGGCAUGUUGACAUGGGCACAUGGCUACCUCUGUUUUCACUCUUAUUACAUUAUGUCGGGUAAUACUAGGGGAGUCUUUUUUAAAAGAUGACUUGGAGUUGAUUUCUAAAGUCAUUUAGUUCUUUAGUACUAAUUUUGUAAUCAAGUUUCAUGGAUCAUUCAUGGAAUUACCUUACUUGAUCUUGUUAGGAAAUCAGGCCAUACUAUAAGGCUUGUGUUUAUGUUUAUCUAGGUGAAUUUCAUUA